AUGGAUUGGGUUUGGUGGACCAGCAAUUCGGUGAGCAUCAUUGUGAACACUAUUGGGAUCGUUGCCAACUCCUUCCUGCUAUUUGUGGUACUAAAAAAGACACCAAAACAUUUGACCUCCUACUCCGUUCUGAUUUUCGAUAAUGCACUCUGGGAUCUGGUAGCCUGCGUAGGUGGCAUUUUUAUACUUCUGAGAGUAGUAUCUUUUGGACCCAGCUCGUUCAACUUCUACUAUGGGCCGUGCAGACUCUUUGGACCAGGAGUCUGCUUGAUUGCGCAAGGUCUUAUCCUUUCUUGCCAUUUUCAUGGCAUUCAUAGUUUAUUGGUUUCUUUUGCUUAUCGUUACUACGUCUUGAUACGUAGUCCACCGCGAACAUACAACGUGGCAGCCAUUAUAAUAUCGGUUUCUUUGCCGACAUUCUUCGUAUUUAUAGCCUAUGCUCAAUCCGGUGAAGAUCAGGCGCGAGUGAAAGCGGACCUCGAGAAGAACCUGGGCUACGAUGUAAGCUCUGAGUGUUUUUCCAGUGAAAAGGAAUGGGGGUUGACUCUAUCCUCAUCCUAUUUGAUGCUGCCACCCCUUCCUAUUUAUAUCACUAUUCUUAUCCUCAGAAGACUGAUCAUUUCGAAGAUUACCCUUCAAACAACCAUGUCUGAACGUACUCGGCAACUUCACAAGCAAUUGCUUCGAGUGAGUGUUUUGCUAUGCUCAAUGACAUUUUGA